UAAUAUUGUCCAAGACUACAAACUUAAAAGCCACUCUCUACUUUCUCUGGAGCUUCCAUGGGAACUUUUCUUGGGCAUUUGGUGCCAGGACUCGCCCUCACCUUGCUUGGUUUAUGGCACAUCAUAAACACAUCAAGAAACUACUUUGCCAAAGGAUCGAGCAAUUUCAAAUCCCGAUUUUGGCAUCCGUUCACCGCCUCUGCCCCCAUAUUCAAGCAUUCUGAGCUCCUACUUGUGUUCUCAUUCUCUAUUUUUGCGAUCUUCGCACAAUUGUUUGACUUCCCUUUCCUCCGCCUUCCUUUUGAGCUCGAUGGUAUUGAGCACGCCACCAUGUUUCUCCACCUUGCUAUAUUCUCUGGUUUCUCUCUUUUCGCGGAGAUCAACCAUAAAGCAGAGACUCUAUCGGGAGUUGUGGGCGUUCUUGCUGCUUCAGUUUUUGGUCAAGAACUUCUCUUGCUUCAUUUCCAUUCCGCUGAUCAUGUCGGACUUGAAGGGCACUACCACUGGCUCUUGCAGCUCAUAGUGCUCGUGUCUUUCGUCUCAUCUUUGGCAGCAAUAUGUAUCCCCACCAGUUUUCCGGCAUCUCUAGUUCUUGCCAUUUCUGUGACCUUCCAGGGUUGUUGGUUCAUGGACAUGGGGUUCUUUCUUUGGGUACCAGAAUUUGUGCCUAAGGGUUGCACCACACAGUCCAUUUACGCCAGCAAAGAAUUAGUGCACGGCACAGUAACUUGCGGCUCCAGCGAUGCGGACUCAAGGGCCCGAGCCCUUGCUAACUUGCAGUUCAGCUGGAUGCUUGCCGGGAUUUUGUUUUUGACAGGAAGCCUGUGCUUGAAAUUGGCCGGCAAAUGCACGGAGAGUGGGCAGCAUACCGAGUACGAGCGACUUCAGGGUAAAGGUGCUGAGUUGCCGCUAUCAUAUGACGGAGUAAGGCAAUCUCAACCUUGAAAAUUUAGCGCAACUGCUUGAUAUAGCAAUUUAUGUGAAUUCAGGGUGUCUGGAGUACUUGCGAUGCUCUAAGUAAUAAGCUGGAGGGGUGAAGAAUCAGUUCAGUGGACUGGCUUCUAUUUCUUUGCAUUUGCAGUUGCGACCGACCUGUAAAGAUUGGGAUAAUCUCUCUCUCUCUCUCUCUAGUAUAUUUUAGAAAGGUACUGGUGCAAGAUAUCCAGGGAGGCAACCAAUAGAGAACCGAAUUGGUCUUCCUCUCUAUGUAAAAGUUACAUAGGUCGUCUCGAUCAACUCGGGAAGUUCAAAUAUGUUAUUUUAUAUGAUAAUGGAGUCUAAGUAAGAGAUUGGGCAUGUGACGGCUCUGUCACUUUCGAUGGAGUGACCGAUCCGUCUCCGCCAUUCAAUUCUCUAAGGAGAAAUGAAUUUUGAUAUAUGUUGAAAAUUGCAGUAUGAACUUUCACUCAAAAUAAUGAUAAAAAUUUAUGUGGGGUUUCUCAAAUAUA